GUUCGGGGGCUGGGGGCAGCUUCACCCCGGUCACAACGCGGGGAAGUUGCGCACGAUUUUUCUGCGUUGCCAUGGGGUUUUGUGGAACCUAUUGACUGCGAUAGGGUCUUUUCUUUCGGUCUGUCUUUGUGGAGGAGAAGGAAAGAAACCGCUAUUACUUUUUUCCCCCUCCUUACAGAGGCGCAGGAGGAGGAGGAGGGAGCGAUAGUAGCAUCCAAUUGAGGAGGAAGAGGAGGAGGAGGAGGAGGAAGAGGGGAGGCUCUCCGGUUCAGACCAACUGUGAGGCGAAGCGGCGUUACGUUCCCAGUCAAACCUCCCUUUGCCCCUCUUCUUCCAGCGGUGGAGGAGAAAAAAAAAUCAACUUUUGUGAACGGCUGCCCACGGCAUGAGUUGCACCUGAGGGGGUACCGCAUCUUCGGUGCACCAGAGAAAUGAACUGAGGACGUGAAGGAGAGCACUAUUGUGUUGAGAACGUCUGAGACCUUACACUGAAGCCAUGUGGUUGCAGAGGAGCCCAGAACUGGCCGCCGUGCUGGCCGUGGUCGUCUCUAUUUGUGCCUUUCAUGCGACUACAGCCAUUGACAUCCCACUAGAAGUUUUAGGUCACGUAAACAUUGAGCAGCUGCCCACCAUCACGGCUCAGUCGCCCAGCUCUCUCAUUGCCUUCCCUUUUGAUGAGAGUUUCCCCAUGACGUGUGAAGCCAAAGGGAAUCCCGAGCCAGAAUUCAGAUGGACGAAGAAUGGCCAGGAAUUCGACCCCUCUCUAGACCCCCGCCUGAUGAAAGAAGAGAAUUCUGGGACCUUUGUGAUACCUAAUAAUGGGAACCUUACAGAGUACCAGGGAACCUAUCGCUGUUUCGCCUCAAACAAACUGGGGACUGCCAUAUCGACGGAGAUUGAGUUCAUUGUGCCCAAUGUUCCAAAAUUCCCUAAAGAGACGCUUGAUCCUGUCGUUGUGGAGGAGGGCCAGCCUUUUACUUUGAAAUGUGACCCACCUAAUGGUAUACCUCCGCUGCAGAUCUACUGGAUGACUAUCAACCUCCAGCACAUCGAACAGGAUGAGAGAGUGUCUAUGGGCUUGAAUGGAGACCUUUACUUUUCUCACGCCGUGGAGAAGGACAGCAGGCGAGACUACUGCUGCUUCGCCGCCUUCCCAAGAAUACGAACCAUCGUUCAGAAGAACGCCAUGUCUGUCAUAGUCAAGACAAGAAACGGUGACAGUCCUGAAAGUGCUAAUGCAAUUCUGGAGAGAAGACCCUCUCUUCUGAUGCCCUCUGGUGGAAAAUCAGAGAAACAGCUGGUCAAAGGAGAGGAUUUGAAACUGGAGUGCAUUGCUGAAGGAUAUCCAACUCCACAGGUGGAGUGGGUGAAGGUGGGCCACCAACUUCCUGUUAAAGCAACACUGGAGAGUCAUGGGAAAUUGCUGAUUGUGCCGAGAGUAGAGCAGGAGGACAGUGGGAAGUACAUGUGCAAGGCAAAGAACCCGCUUGGAGAAAUUUUCCAUUACUUCACAGUAACAGUCGAAGAACCUCCAGAGUGGAUGUUUGAGCCGGAGAGUCAGCUCAGUAUGAUUGGCUCCGAUGUGCUCAUCAAGUGCUCCGCCAGCGGGACUCCUCGGCCGACGACUACAUGGAGGGUGAACGGCGUACCCCUGCAGGAAUCUCCAGCAGCCAACAGGAAGGCAUUUGACGAUACCAUAGUUUUGCAUCACGCCAAACCGUCUGACAGCGCAGUCUAUCAGUGUGAAGCCUCAAACAGGCAUGGAACCCUUCUGUCCAAUGCAAACAUCAUGAUAAUGAAUCUGCUCCCUAUGAUUUUGACCAACGAGGGGGAGGAUUACUCUGCCGUGGAGGGAAAGGGGGUCAUGAUGCACUGCAAGGUUUUCAGCUCUCCUCCUUCCAUGAUCUCUUGGAGCAAAGACGACUCCUCUGAAUCCGUGGAGGGACCCAGGUUUACCAUUCAUGACAACGGGUCACUAGAGAUCUACAACGUAGAGAAAGGCGACAAGGGGCAGUACACAUGUUUGGCCAAAAACAUAGAGGGAUCAUCUGGCAUCGACGCCAUGCUGUAUGUAAAAGAUCCCACUAGAAUAGUGGUGGCACCGGAGGACCGGCAGAUCUUAAUAGGUACCAUGGCCCAGCUCUCAUGCCUGGCAGAGUACGACAAGUCCUUCAGCAACGACUUUGAGCUCCUGUGGGAAAAAGACGAUAUGGAGAUAACCCUCAACUACACCGAGAAUUCAAGAUACUUUGUGGAGGAUGGUAUUCUUCACAUUGUCAACGUGAGCCACAGAGACCAGGGUGUGUACACAUGUGUGGCAAAGACUCCAGUGGACCAUGACACGGCCUCAGCUCUGAUCAUGGUGUUAGAUGUCCCAGAUGCACCUGAGAACUUGGUACUGUCUGAACACCAGAGCAAAAGUGUGAAACUGAAAUGGAUCCCUGGGGACGAUCACAACAGCUCAACCACAGAGUUUAUUAUCGAUUACGAGGAAAGCAAGUGGGAGCCAGGCAACUGGAAAGAGCUGCUCCGAGUACCAGGCAACCACAACUCGGCCGUCCUCAAGCUCCACGGCCACGUCGACUAUCGCUUCCGUGUGUCUGCUGUGAACGAUGUAGGAAAGGGUCCUCCCAGCCAACCAACGGAGAGAUACAAAACUCCCCCGGCAGCCCCUGACAAGAACCCUGAAAAUAUCAAAAUCGAAGGUCAUUUGCCAGAUGAAAUGGAUAUCAACUGGGAGCCCCUGUUACCCAUUGAGCACAAUGGUCCCGGUCUAGAGUAUAAGGUGAGUUACAGACGGCAGGAUGUGGAGGAGGACUGGAAGGAGCACACAGUGAAGAGACACUCGUUUGCGGUCAGGAACACUCCCACCUUUGUGCCCUACGAAAUCAAGAUCCAAGCCAAGAACCAUCAGGGCUGGGGCCCCGAACCCAGGAUAGUGACCGGCUACUCAGGAGAGGACUUUCCCUCUGCUGCACCUGAUGAUGUAGCUGUGGAGGUGAUGAACAGCUCAGUGGUCAAGGUUAGCUGGACACGAGUACACAAGGACAAGUUACAUGGACAUCUGGGAGGCUACAGGAUAAACUGGUGGCGUCUGCGCAGUCUGGUGGACUCAAAGAAAGGCCACGGAGACAAACACACGCUGAUGUUCCCCGGGGAUCGCAGCCACGCCAUGGUGCCUGGACUAACGCCCUUCUCUGAGUACAGCCUCAUUGUCAUGACCUUCAACGGGCGGGGCAACGGCCCAGGCAGCCAUCCCGUCAACUUCAAAACCCCAGAGGGAGUCCCGGAGAAAAAUCCUGUUUUCAGGGUCACAGAUGUACAGAGACACACUGUUUCUUUGGUCUGGGACCCGCCGAUGGAACCUAAUGGAAUUCUCACUGGGUAUCUUCUUGAGUACCAGCUCAUCAACGACACAGAGGAAGUGGGGCCCCUGCAAACAGUAGACAUCAGCAACCCCGACACCACCAAGUGGAUCCUGCGUGAUCUGGAGCCUGUUAGCAAAUACAAGUUCUACCUGCGUUCCUGCACCACAGUGGGCUGCGGGCCUGUUGUCAGCGAAGAGUGCACCACCACCCUAGAAACAACUUCCAUUUUGGCUUCCACUGUCGGUCUCAGCAAGUCAGCUCCCCCCUCACCUCCAAGCACUCGAAAGUCCCCAGUGACCAAACCCACUCGUUCCACUAUAGGUCUGGCCAGCAUCCACGGAGGAAUAUCAACCCAGGGCUGGUUCAUCGGCCUGAUGUGUGCCAUCGCUCUCCUCACUCUCAUUGUGUUGAUCGCCUGCUUUGUCAACAGAAAUAAAGGAGGGAAGUAUUCUGUAAAAGAAAAAGAAGACCUUCACCCAGACGUGGAGUCCCAGGGCAUGAAUGACGACACAUUUUGUGAAUACAGUGACAACGACGAGAAGCCACUGAAGGGCAGCCAGCACUCGCUGAGCAGGGAGAUCAAAGCCGGGGACAGCGGGGACAGCCUGGUGGACUACGGCGACGAGGACGCUCAGUUCAACGAAGACGGCUCCUUUAUUGGCGAGUACGCAGGGCGAAAGGAGAAGAGGGCGUCCACCGAGAUCAAAGCCAACGUUCAGACCUCGGCAUGAGGAGCAGAAACGCCAUCCAUCUUCCCCCGGAUGCCGUUUUCAUUAAACCUGCUGGGAGGAACAAAUGAAGGAGGAAACAGACAUUAUCCACACAAGUUUUGUGUCAAAUGUAAUGCGUCAUUGCCAACUGCACACUGCCAUUCUCAUUUUAUAAAGCUCUGUUUUGUCAAGUUGCAACAGAAUGACCAUUACUAAAUACUUUGUAUAUAUAGUGUAUAUUGUAUGUGCGGAGUGUCUUUUUUUUAUAAUUAUUAUUGCAUAAAAAUUUAGACGGUUUGAAUUUUCUUUCUUUUUUUUCUUUCCAUUACUUCAGCUGCAGUCCUGUUUGUACAAAUGUCAGGAAUAUUUCACUCCCCAUUGCACAUCAUUGAAUGCAGCUUCGCCUCUGAUGUCACCUUGUAGCAGGCCACAGAAAUGUGGGGAUAGCAAGUUGAUAUUUUUCAAUUGGAGCAUAUAUUACUGACCUUUUAUAUUUGAAAUGGAUUCAUUAAAUAUGAUGUAAGAUGUGUAUAAAGGUUUGUUUAUUAACUUAUUUUUUUUCCAGUGGUUUUAUACCUGACAAAAGAAAACUAGCAAAUUCACAUAUCACUGCAUAUUAUCACGAACACUGAUUCUUAAGUCAUCUUCCUGUGAUGUUAGAAGGAAAAUAUUAUUUUGUUUAUUUUUCCUGUAGCAUGAGAAUUUAUAUCCAUUAGACGGCCUAAAUUAGCCCAACACACAUUACUGCCGAGUUUAAAAACAAAACAAUGUAAUCCAUUACAGGUUAAUGUUUACCAGAUCAAGAAAUUUGCUAAUUGAAUUUUUCAUUAAAAUGUAUAAAUGAUUUUGAUUUAUAACUGGAGCAUUUAUGAGUGAAAACAGGUUUUUAGAUAAAUAUUUUAUAGUGCUAUGGAUGCUAAUAGCUAGCAUAGCAGAUGGGGGGGGGGGGGGGGGGGGGUAUUAGUUUUGCAAGUAAUCACCUGGUGUUCAAAGAAACCGUUUGGCAUUCUUUCAGUGGAGUUAAAUGAACAGAUUGAUACAUAUUUCAUAAUUGUAUGCUUAAUAUCAAUUGCUAUGAAGGUAAAUAUGAAGCAAAAAGUAGCAGCCUAGCUUAGCUUAGCACAAAGUCUGAAAAUGGGGCAACAGCUCGCUUUGUUCCAAAAACAAAAGUGCCACAUUAAAAUGCACAAAUAGGACUUAAGGUUUUAAUUGUUCUUUUUAGGUGAAUUUCGCUACCUGCAGUUUUCUUCCAUUUCCUGUUAAGCUAAACUGACCAGCUAACCUGCUGCUCGCUGGAGUACACGAGAGCAGUAUUGAUCUUUUCAUUUAACUCUUUUUACAUAAAUGCAUAUGCCUACUUCUGAAAACGCAAACUACUUCUACGUAUUAUUACAUUUCCAAAGUUUUGAAGGACUUUCACAGAGAACUAUUUCAUAUUUUCAACUAAAAUGAAAGCAGCAGAAGUUUACACAGAUUUUUUGUAUGAGUCCAAGUCCCAAAAUAUAGGAUCCUACAUUUCCAUUAAUGCAUUUUUAUGUCCAGUUCUUUCAAGCUUUAUGUUAUGCAUUUGUAAUCUCCAAGUCAAAGCUGACAUAAUCCUGAAGACAUCACUACAACAUCAUCAGGGUUAUUUUCUCAGUCUUGACAAAGCUGAAGAUGAGCACCUGUAAUGAUUUAGCCUUUUACUGUAAUCCGAUUAAUUCAUCUGGUUGCGUGAUAUGCGACAUCUACCCACCCUGCUGAUUCAAUAUGCUGUAGUGAAGUGUUACAUCAGUCUUAACAAGCCUUACUUUCAAGCCUUACCAUCCAAAACACUCUGUCCAUUGUUCCAUGUUAACAUUUAGCAACAUGAUCAGAAAAAUUGCAAUGUUUUGUAAAAAAUUCAGCCAUUGCAUGUUACAAAUGUUAAUUGGUGUUUUUCGAUGUCAUUAAAUUGCUUUACUUUCCUA